AUGUCGAGCGUCGGCCGCGGGCGUGGCUAUACCGGUCGUCAUCACUUGCGCGAGCACAGGCCAGGAGACGAGCUGGACCCGGAGUCAGACGCUGCCAGGACACUUGCUGAACUGAGUCCACGAUCUACUGAUCCCACUAGAAUCGAAGUAAAAGAUAUGAUGGAGCCAGAGCAGGAGUGCGCGGUGGAGAAGACAGAUAAGAACACGGAAGAGAAUGACGUCACACUUAAAGAAUUGCUCACAAUUGAUGCACAAUACAUACCUCUGCUCACCCUGCUAGAACAGUUCUCUCCUGGAGAAGAUGGUAUCCAGUUCAACAGGAAACUGCGCCAUUUCGAGACAACAGUCACUACCAUGUGUCCUGAUGAAUCUAGAUUGCAGCAAGCUUUCGCGACGUUCCGCGCGGCGGCGCUGCUGAGCGCGGUGUCGGCGCGCAAGCUGGCGGCCGUGGGCGCGUCCUUCACGCGCCAACAGCGACAGCAGCUGCUGAGAGGCGCGCUGCUCAACGUCGUCAUGCAGGGCACCUUCUCCAAACUGGAUGUCUUAGAAAGAUCGAAUCCUCUCUUUCUAAUCAACGCUGCUAAUCUCAUGGGAGAUUAUUUUGCAGAGGCUCGCCUGUGCAACGGCAACAAAGUACACAUCCUAGCCAGUCCCCUGCUGCAGUACAUGCGUGCAUUGCUCGCCAGCGAUGAUAUUAGAGCUCACCGUAGUCUCGCAACUCAGCUGAUGCAGAACGGGCGCGAGCUCCUCUCAGUCUUAGCUCAAGAGCUCGAUGAGUUGUCCAUAUCGAUACGUCUCCGUCUGCUGUCCCCGCCGCCCAUCAGCACCAUAUGGCUCCUCCUGUCCGCAGACCUGUGCCUCAACAAGUUCCUCCCACUCCCAAACACGUUACAACAGUUCUACGCGGCACAUUUAGAACUUACCACAGAAGAAAACUUCAGUGAGGUCAGCUAUGGAUCCUGGAAGAACACCCCUGAAAAAGAAGAAUUCCGACCAGAACAUACGCCAGAAUCCACCGAUAAAAUAAGCGCAAACUUGUCUCAAGUCAGUCUAAAUAAUAAUGAUGAUUCAAAGCCUAAACUGAGGCCAAUAUUGGGAGCAGGCGCUGGCCUGCUCAGACAAGAACAGGCCUUGUCGGUGAGCCAAGAUAAUUUUGAUACCUGGACCACGAAAAAUGCUUUAACCAAAAGAUAUGACUUAAACUCCUGGAGGCAGCAGGAAGAAGAGAAGAAGGAAGAGUUAGAGUACAAUCAGACUGUUUUACCACCAAAUUUUACAGAUUACCCACCCCCAAGAUAUAACUAUCAAGAAAAUUUCGUCAACUACCUACAGCAAGGCGAUGGUGCUUAUAUUCAGAAUCAGUACACUAACGUUCAAUACAACCCCCAGGGCGACAGCUUUCCCCAGUACCCUCCAGAGAGACCCCCAGUGCCCCCAAACACAGAGCGACCUCCUCCAAUGGUAGAAAGAGUAAAUUCGGAACGGAGUAUACCCCAAAUGCCAGAACGAGUAAAUAAUGAGAUGCAGAAAAAUAGCAGUCGUAGACCUGUUGAGAACUGGAGGAAAGAGAAGAGUGAUCUAAAGGAAGAUCCUAAUAGGAAUCGACAGAGAAAUUGGACUAGACAGAAAUCUACAGACAAUGUUAAUGAUGAGGAGGAGAAAGAAAAAUUCAAAGAUCGCUCCUCGUCAAGAAACUCUCGAGAUGCUAGGCAAGGGAGAUUGACUAGACGCAAUAGUGGAGAAGAUGGGAGUGGAAACGGGACCGGCAAUGGUACCAAUGACUCCUCAGGUAAAACUCCACCGAAAAGACAUGUGACCGAAGUGCCCAGGAGUGCAAAAUAUUGGGACCAUGAUGAUCGGUGUGACAAAGAUUACAACAGUUAG